AUGCAUUCAGAAGCGGACGCUAAGACAAGGAAUGACGACAUUGCGGAAAUAUUCUGCCUUAGCACCAGCGCCGCGCCGAAGGAUUGGGAUGGGGUCGACACAAAAUCCAUGGAUGGCAUGGGCAUGGGGCGCAAACACAACAACGCCUGCGUGCGAGAUCAGGGACGAACCCAGUCAAACUCCACACAGACUUGCAACGUUCCUGGCCCUCUGUAUGGAUACUUUCCCUCAUUGUCCCUGGAUUUUCUGAUGCAAUCUACCUACAGGCUACGCCGAGAGCCCGCGGGUCGGGUUGGCUCAAAGUUCGUACGGGUCUGGUCUCCCGGCGCGGCGCAUUCUUCUUCUCACUCUCUUCGGUACACUGUGUGGCAUGUGGCACGUUGCCUUGGGAAGAGAAGAAGUUCGCCCAGGUCGCAAAAGUUUUUCCCUGGUCGAUUGACCAAACGAGACGCUGAUCGAUCUACCUGUCUGUCUGCUGCCACCCUUAAAACUAAGCUCUCCCCCAUCGAGAUUCUCCUCGCGUGCCUCCAUUCGAAACGUUUCGUUGCUCUCUCUCUUCCUUCCUUCUCUCCUCUCUUCGCACGCCCUCCUCUUUUGGUCUCCUCCCUCCGUCUCUCGUCAACAUACCUCCACGGGGAAAGAGUCUAG